UAGAGUUAACUAGCUCUUCGGGGUGCAGACGACAAAGCUGAGGCAGGGGACGACGCUGGCAGGAGAUCUGAGAAGAGCGCAGACGAUAUAUUUUUCUUUUCUAAGACACUCCAAAUAUUCCACUGAAGUAUACGCAUGCUGUUUCGGUGACACUAUUACAACUUGAACGGUGACCCAGAGAUGGAGUAUUGCAGCAGGGACGCCAUGAUUCUUGCAGUUUUAAUUUGUUUAAGCGCUGUGGCUACAGUCCAUGGAUACUCCCGAGGUGCGGGGAUGCAGGCCUGUCUGACCAUGAUGCCUCUACACGGCCCCAGUCCUGAGAGAGGAAGCGGAGGCUUUGAAGUCACCGCCACACAGGAUACCUUCUCACCCGGUGACAUCGUACCAGUGACAAUAAGCGGGAUCAGGCCGUUCAAAGGCUUCCUACUCCAGGCCAGAACACCGAGAGAUGACACCAUAGUGGGCACCUUCGAGCCGCCACCUGAGGGCGUUCGUUACCUUGCGGAGUGUGGAGACAGGAACAGUGUCACCCACUCCAAUCCCAAUCUCAAGUCCUCUGUCACAGUGUUCUGGAGGGCGCCACGGUCGGGGCUGCUGAGGAGUAUACGGUUCUACGUAACAGUGGUAGAGUCAUUUAGCCAGAUCUACCGUAAACUAACUUCAGAGAUCGUCAUAUCAGAGUUGGACGUUGUUCAAGCGGAGUACGGUCCCUGGGGCCCCUGGUCCACGUGCUCAGCUUCGUGUGGUCCCGGCAUCGAGCAGAGGACUCGGGUAUGUCCGGGUAACGCCGUGUGUGCCGGAACUCCGAACGAGAUCAGAAGCUGUAACCUAGUAAAUUGCGGUAGGUAG